CUCAUCUGAGAGGGGUUAUAUAUGGUUAUCACGAUUGCAUGAUCGCUACACAUGUUGACUCGUAAUGAUAUUUAUUUUAAUAUUUAAUUAAUAUUUUAUCUGAAAUCGUAGAAGUCCGAGAAGGAAGAGAAAAAUGCUAAGCAUAUUGUGCUGCCGUCUACAAUGCGAAAUAUUACGAAAUAAGAAACUAUGGAUAACAACAAAAAAUACAUAUUCCACCAAUAUUUCAACACGAUUAAGAUUAUCUAACAAAUUCUACGUUGCUGAUCGUAAUCCUGUGUUCCCUCUUCUUUAUGUGCGGUGUUGCAGUGGUAACGUGAUAGAGCGUGCUCAGAAAAAGAAAAAUGUACCGCAAUCUAAAUCUAUCGUGCCACCGGUGAAAUUCACGUCGGUUGUCGCUAGCUUAACUGGAUCAAAACCUGGUCAACAGAAGAGAAAUUGUUUCCAUCCCGGUGUGUCAAGUUUAAGUAGAGAUGCGAUCGAUCUACAAGAUAAACCAGAAAUCACCAGCACAGACAUGCUCAAAGCUAUGCUCAAAUACAUCUGGCCGGAGGAUGAUCCAGAGAUACGAAAGAGAGUUAAGAUAGCGGUGGGUCUACUUGUAGGAGCCAAAGUUUUAAAUGUCAUUGUACCAUUUACUUUUAAGUAUGCAGUGGACUUUUUAAAUACCCACAGCGUAGCAACCACCGGUAGUGCUGUAAUAGGUUUAACAACUGCACCCGCGACAGUCGCAACUGUAGCAACAUCACUGCUGGUAGGAUAUGGAAUAGCGCGAGCUGGAGCAGCGGGCUUCAGUGAACUCAGAAAUGCAGUUUUUGCAAAGGUCGCACAACAUUCCAUUCGUAAAAUAGCGCAAAACGUUUUUCUACAUCUACACAAUCUCGAUAUGGCCUUUCACUUGAGCAGACAGACCGGUGCUCUGUCGAAAACGAUAGAUCGCGGUAGUCGUGGUAUCAAUUUUGUUUUGAACGCCAUGGUAUUUAAUAUUGUACCCACAGUAUUUGAAUUGGCAUUAGUUAGUACAAUUUUGGGAAUAAAAUGCGGGCCGGAAUACUCAGCUGUAGCGCUGAGUUGCGUAGGCAUUUAUACUGCCUUUACUCUGGGCGUUACUCAAUGGCGCACUAAAUACAGAAUUCAUAUGAAUCAAGCAGAAAAUGAAGCAGGCAAUAAAGCGAUUGAUUCACUCAUCAAUUAUGAGACAGUAAAAUAUUUCAACAAUGAAAAGUUUGAAGCGGAACGAUACGACCAAUCUCUGAAGAAAUAUGAAGCAGCAUCCCUCAAGACCAGUACGAGCUUAGCUCUGUUAAAUUUCGGUCAAAAUGCUAUUUUCAGUGGCGCAUUGAGUCUCAUAAUGGUGAUGGCAGCACAAAACAUAAUGAAUGGUACCAUGACUGUUGGAGACCUUGUAAUGGUGAACGCUUUAUUGUUCCAACUUUCGGUCCCGUUAGGGUUUUUAGGUUCAGUUUAUCGCGAAGUUAGACAAGCUUUCAUCGACAUGCAAACCAUGUUUACCUUAAUGACAACAGAUACUGUUAUCAAAUCAAAGGAAAAUGCAAUAAGAUUUUUCGUAACGCCAAAUUCCUCGGAUAUCUUGUUCAAAAAUGUAAAUUUUCAAUAUAUUGAGGGAAAGUCUAUCUUCAAAGACAUAUCAUUCACUAUACCAAGUGGUAAAAAAGUUGCUAUCGUAGGAGGAUCUGGUUGUGGCAAAACGACAAUUGUAAGAUUGCUGUACAGAUUUUUCGAACCACAGAGCGGCAAUAUUUAUAUCAAUGGCCACGAUAUUCGAGAUAUCGAUCUAAAUGAUCUUAGAAAUUGCAUUUCAAUCGUGCCACAAGAUACUGUACUUUUUCACGAAAGUAUAUUUUACAAUCUACAUUAUGGUAAUUUGAGAAAAUCGCACGACGAAGUUUUUGAAGCUGCAAAAAUGGCAAAUCUACAUGACUCUAUAUUAAAGUGGCCAAAAGGAUACGACACGCCCGUGGGAGAACGCGGUUUAAAACUAAGCGGAGGAGAAAAACAAAGGGUUGCCAUCGCCAGAGCGAUCUUGAAGGAUAGCCCCAUUCUUAUUUUUGACGAAGCUACUUCCUCACUGGAUUCUAUUACGGAACAUAACAUACUCGACGCUCUGCGUAAAGCAACGGAGAAACGGACAUCGAUCGUAAUCGCGCAUCGUUUAAUGACGGUUAUGGAUGCCGAUGACAUACUUGUUUUAGAUCAGGGUAAUCUAGUCGAAAGAGGAACACAUAACUCUCUACUGUUAACACCAAAUUCUCUAUAUAGCAAAUUGUGGGAUACUCAACAUUUUGGCACAAAGAAAACUAAUCAAACACAAAAAGAAAGAACCAUGAAUGAAAAAACUAAUUAAAGACACGGUAAUAUAGGUAAAAAUAUAUUUAUAUAAUACCGAAAGUGAAAGUCUUAAUCUUAAUAUGAAUUCAAUGCUUGAAAUGUGUUCCAUGAUUACUGAAACUCAGCAGAUACAAGAAACAAGUUAUUUCAGGUGAUAAUAGACAGUAAUUGCAGUACUGUGUA